GCAGCGGCUCACCCUCGGCGCACCGCCAGUGGAGCUCGGAAUUGGAGCACCUUCGGGAAAGCCUUGAAUCCAACGCGUACCUUGUUAAAGGACUUCUUUUUUUUUUACAAGAAGGAGUGAGGAUCAAGUUGCGUUCAAUGCGCAACCAUGCUCAUCAUCUCGUCUCGCAGCGCGCUGCUCUCCGUCUACUAUCCGCAGAUCUUCCUCAUCCUCACCAGCGGUAGCUACCUGACGCUGUCAUCCGUGGUCGCUCUGGGCGCCAACAUCAUCUGCAACAAGAUACCGGGCCUGGCGCCGCGUCAGCGGGCCCUCUGUCAGAGCCGCCCGGACGCCAUCAUCGUCAUCGGGGAGGGCGCCCAACUGGGCAUCAACGAGUGCCAGUACCAGUUCCGCCACGGGCGCUGGAACUGCUCGGCCCUCGGGGAGAGGACGGUCUUCGGACAAGAGCUGAGAGUAGGUAGCCGAGAAGCGGCUUUCACGUACGCCAUCACCGCUGCCGGUGUGGCCCACGCGGUGACGGCGGCGUGUAGCCAAGGUAACCUUAGCCAGUGCGGCUGCGACCGAGACAAGCAGGGCUACCACGACCGCGAGGAAGGCUGGAAGUGGGGCGGCUGCUCGGCCGACGUCAAAUACGGCGUGGAGUUCUCCCGGCGAUUCGUGGACGCCCGGGAGAUCAAGAAAAACGCACGGCGCCUGAUGAACCUGCACAACAACGAGGCAGGGCGGAAGAUCCUGGAAGAGAGGAUGAAACUAGAGUGCAAGUGCCACGGCGUUUCCGGUUCCUGCACCACCAAGACCUGCUGGAUCACCCUGCCGAAAUUCCGAGAGAUCGGUUUCCUGCUCAAGGAACGCUACGGCGCGGCGGUUCAAGUCGAGCCGGUGCAGGCCUCCCGCCUCCGCCAGCCUUCCUUCCUACGUCUCAAAGAAGGUCGGGCCUACCAGAAACCCACCGAUACCGACUUGGUGUACCUGGAGCGCUCGCCCAAUUACUGCGAGGAGGACAAGGCCACGGGGAGCACGGGGACGCGGGGCCGACUCUGCAACGGGACGUCGGCGGCUCACGGCGACGGCUGCAACGUGAUGUGCUGCGGCCGCGGUUUCGACACGCGUCACUACACGCGAGUCUGGCAGUGCAACUGCAAGUUCCAUUGGUGCUGCGUGGUCAAGUGCAACACCUGUAGAGAGAAAUCCCAAGUUUUCACCUGCAAGUAAAGAGGGGUGAAAGGUCAGGGCGUCUUAUUCAAAGUAUUUAUUCCAACAUUUUGCACAUUUUUGAUGACUUACCAUAUAUGGGCGUUGGCAAACAACGCGUCCUGGAAGAGAACGGGUGGUUAUUUGAAGGUUUCGAAAAAUAUGGAAAAGGUGUCGCACACAAUAAAUGGGAAGGGGAGGGGGCGAGCAAUGGAAGGCUAACAAGCCGGACUACGACUGACCGUAAUUCACACUGUAUACUGUUUGAACACUGAAUUUAAAAAUAAUUUAUGUUGCGAAGGUGGAAACAAAAACUCACCUUUUUUUUUUUUUUCUUUUCUCCUGGCGCAUCGACUUGGAUGAAAUCUUUUCCCGGUCACCUUUUCAAGUUAUCGAUUAAGCAUGAGGUCUUUUUUUCUAUUUUUAGCCUCCAACCUCGUGAGUGCGAACGGCACUUUCCAUCCCGACUGUGUUCAUUGUUUUGUUGUUUUUGAGGGGGUGAGAAAAGUACGCAAGGCAAGUACGCAAGGCAAGCCCGCCGGCGCGGUGCAGCAGUGGACGUUCCCAUGAAUGGCUCAUCACCCGUCAUGUGUUAAAUGAUGUUUAUGUAACUGAGAAAACAAUUUGUAGAGUAUAUUUUUAUAUGAGGGACAUGGCACUUUAUGUCAUUUACAAAAGGAAAGGACAUUACAAAAAAAAAAAAAGAAAAAGUGUGUGUGUGUCGGGGGGGUUUGCAUUUGAGAGCUAUAAAUUAUUUGGGGUUUAUACUGUUGUUGCUAAAUUGUAAAUAAUUGAGCAAAAAUAACCCUUGGUCAAGAUGAUAGUCUGAAAUUUUUUAGUGUUUUUAGAAUUGCUUUCCAAAAGCAACAUUUUGAGUCUGGUUGUUGUUUUUUUUUGCUCACAUUUGGCCUUUCGUGGCUUCAAUAAAGUCGUUACAAAACGUU